CUGCAUCAAUGGCAUCAGGCUCACAGACUCCGCCCACACCGCUGACUCCGCCCCUGGACAAGGACUCCUGCUCCAAGUACAACUGGGACCCGUCGGUGUACAACAACGAGCUGCCGGUGCGCUGCAGGAACACCAGCGGGGUCCUCUACAAGACCCGGCUGGGCUCAGGGGGCAAAGGUCGCUGCGUCCGGCACAACCAGCAGUGGUUCAGCCCCACGGAGUUCGAGGGUCUGGCAGGAAGAGCGAGCAGCAAGGACUGGAAGAGGAGCAUCAGGUACGCAGGCAGACCCCUGCUGUGCCUCAUCCAGGAGCGUAUCCUGAACCCGCACGCCGCUUCCUGCACCUGUGCGGCUUGCUGUGAUGACCUGACAGGGUGUCCAAAGGACGGAGAGACGGUGGAAGUAGAAAACAUCACGAUGACCGGUCCAGUCCGCCUCUUCGUCCCCUACAAGAGGCGGAAGAAGGACAACGAGCCUCUGGUCGCCUCCCCAAAGAAGGAACUUCCUGCCGCGGCCAAAAACAUCACGCUGACGCCGGGCGCCACCUGUACGUCAGUCACCGUGUCCCCGUCGGGACAGUUCACCUCGGGCACCUUGACCUUUGAGCGCUCGCCAACGGGGGACGCAGCCGCCGCCACCGAGGCCGCCGCCGCCAUCAUCUUGGAGGGCUCGGCGCAGAGCGAGGUGUUCGCCAGCACCGCAGUACUGACGGCGUUGCCGGCGCUGGCUGUGACCCCUCAGCCGGUUCAGGCCAAGAUGGCGGUGACGAUGGCGGCGGCGGCGUUGGCUCCGGCGGCGUUGGCUCCGGUGAGCGGGUUGGAGGCGGGGCCUGUCGGGGAGGCGGGGCCGGCGGUCAGCGAGGGCCAGAGGAACACCUGGCUGUACCUGGAAGAGACGGCCAACACGCUGAUGAGCAACGUGCAGCAGCUGAAGGCUCUGAUCGAACAGGCCAGAGGCGCCGCAGGGGUCAAAGGUCACGAAGGCCGGAAGGAGUGUGGUCUCACUCAGUCGUUUCAGAACCAGAUCACGUUUCAGCAGCCGGAGGAACUGGAGGUCAAGAGGAGCUCUGACAUCACCGAGAUCAUCAUCAACCAGAUGUGCGUGAACUGCGGCCGGGUGGCGAUGAGCGAGUGCACGGGCUGCCACAAGGUCAACUACUGCUCCGCCUUCUGCCAGAGGAAGGACUGGAAGGAGCAUCAGCACACCUGCUGUCAAUCAUCAGGGGGCGUGUCUGUCCAGGAGGAGGAGCCUAUCCUGGACAUGGACAAAGUGAAAUGACGGGUCGGCACAGGAAGUCCUCAUAAGGGCAUCGAUGAGCGAGCCUGUUUAAAGGUUGGACAUUUCCUCACUGGGGCUUUUAUUGUGAAGGUUUUCCUCCAGACAGGAAACGCAGCUCUGUGUUCUCCUGAGGACGAACGCAUCCUGCUCAUACCUGUGGAGACUACCUGUGGAGACGCUCCACCGCCGGACGCUGCUCCGUAAAGCUGCUCGAGGGCGGCAAUUAAACAAUAUUUUGUCAAAGUUUGAUCAUUUUUUAUUAUUUUAUUUUAUUAUUUUAUGAUUUAUAAUGUAUAUUUUUCCCUAUUUAUGGUUUUUUACCAGCAUUAAAAUCUCUAUAUAUUUAUUAUCAUCAAGAGAUUUAAAAGCUUUUCUUUGUUCUUCAAGUUAAAACAGUUUUUGAUUAAUUGACCGAGAACUCCAAAGUUUUUCAGUUUUAUUCAUUUUUACGGAAAAAAACAAAAAAACUGCAGUUUUCCACUUGUGUGUAAAAUGGCGCACGGCGUCCUGUGAUUGGUGCGUUUCAGCCAAUCAGAUGUCUCGGACAGGUUGCAGGCGAGAAAAGGAGAUUCUUUCUUUUUUUUUAUUUAACGAGACAUUCGUUUGUCAAAUUCUGUUUUAUUUCCAAGAGCUGGUCCACUUAAUGUGAUCUUUUAUGUUUUAUUUAAAUUCAUUAAAUUUGUUAUAAUAUAUAUAUAUAUAUAUAUUUGGCCGUCCACAUACUUUGGAUCUUGUGUAUCAAACACUAUUUUAUUUAUUUAUUAUGACACGUUUCCCCUCCAGUGAACUUGAACAAAUAAAUACAUUUAAUUUAAAGAAAAAAGUGUUUUUCUGCGACAUCUUUAAGAUCCUUCAUUAGCCUCGUGACCGAUGGAUUACAGCCGGAGUUCAUCGAUAUGCAGUUUCAGAUGGUGUUUCAUUUUUGGACUGAUACUCCACUACUAGUAAAAGUACUAGUACCACACUGUUAACCACUGAUACUCACUACUAGUAAAAGUACUAGUACCACACUGAACCACUGAUACUCACUACUAGUAAAAGAAAAAUAUUCCU